AUGGAUCCCAUCUCGGUCGCGCUUGGCUGCAUCGCUCUCUUACCACCGAUCGCAAAAGCUUAUAAUUCGAUCGGUAUAUUCGUGCUCGAGGUACGAGAUGCGGGGAAAGAGAUGAUCAUGGUCCAGACGGAGCUCGCCUCACUGGAAUCUGUCCUUGAGAUUCUGGCUCAGGACAUGGAAAGUUGCCCGGAGAACGUAUUCCCCACAAACCUUGUGGAGAACAUCAAAAGCAUCAUCGCAGAUUGCAAGCUUGUCGUGACUCAAAUCGAGCAGUGUAUUGCCGCGCACACAAACGACAAAUCGACAAAAAGCGCCAAAUGGGCGCUGUUUGGACGAGAACACAUGUUGAAGUACAAGUCGAUCUUGCACACGCAUCAGAUGGCCCUGAACAUGGCCAUCGAGACGCUCAACAUAUCAGUCAGCAAAGACAUCAAGGUUAACACGGCAAAUCUACUCAUUGAUACUUCCGAAAUCAAGGAGGACACAUCACAGAUACUCCAGGCGAUCGCAAAACUCCAAGCAAGCCUACCAGAUCAAGGCCGCGAUGGUACUCAUUUUAUCCUGCGAAGAUAUCUCGACAGCCUUACCAGCUACGCAGAAAGCUCAUUUGGUCGUGGAUCUACUCAGAAUCUUGAGGAUGAAUCCUCAAAACCAUCGCCCUUCGAAGAAAAGCUCGCUCUAAUUGACGACGACCCUCCACUACAUCUUGCAACAUCUUCUUCUGCUGAACAAAGCUCUCAUCCUUCCGCGUCGACUUAUGGGUCAGGGCCAUCUCGCCAACCUGUGACCUGUCACGACACCAAGCCAAUUCUCGAACCCGAUUUUGCACCUUCAGAUGUAUCAUGGUGCAAGGGUCGCGCGAAUCCCAUUUCCAUUCCUCCUCCUCAGCAUGCAUCAGAAGGGCACACCGACCUAGUUUGCGCAGGAAACGGCAGUCUUAUUGUGUGGCAACUCUCAACAGGGGACAUGAAGAGUAACGUUAAGCAAGCGCACGGAGACAGUAUCUUGAGCAUCAAGCUCAACUCGCAAUAUGUUGUGACGACUUCAAAGGAUUGCACAGCGAAACUGUGGGCUCGCAGCUUCCUGGACAGCCUCGGGGAACGGCGAGGUAGCGAGCCAUUCCCUCAUAGCGUACUCCGUGGACAUACAGGAGCUGUUAAUGCAGCGGUUCUCACAGAAACCGAAGUCAUUACCGCUAGUGGAGACAGGAUAAUUCGCGUCUUUGACAUCGAAAGUGGCACCUGCAUCAAACAGAUUUCUUCCCACGAGAAAAAGAUCGUUUCUCUAGCGCUUUCUCCGGAUGGUCAAUACAUCAUUUCGGCAGGAGGCGAUUUGGAUGUUUUCAUCCAUCACAAGCAAACAGGCCGUCCAGUUUCACGGUGGAAAAGCCACAAUGACCUCAUCCGCGCCCUGGUGGUCAUACACGAGGAGAACUUGAUCGUCACCGGAUCAUAUGAUGAGUCAGUAGCGAUAUGGGCUUAUAGCGAUGAAGGAACAUGGAGAAAAGAGCGCAGCCUAGAUGUUAAAGAGACUCAGAGAGUUCUGGGCCUGGACCUCAAGCAGCAGGAACGAAGUCACGAUUUCACCGAAAGUGUUCGGAAUGCAGUCGUAACAGGCACAGAAAUUGCCGCGCUAUCUAGCGGAGUAGUGUUUUGUAUGUUCUCAACGGAAAGGCAAAUUCUGUGUGGUGCAGGAUGCACCAUUAUCGGUUGGAAGUUUGGGGAUCCAGUUGAAGAGGACGAAGAACAACACGUGUCACGCACAGAAUCCUCUGAGUCGCGAAGAAAGUUGAAAGGGAAGCGACAAAUACUGCUCCAGCACAUCAAAGAUCGUUUCCGAUAG